GAGAAGUUGGGACGGUGGCGGCCAAUAAGCGCUCUGGACUCUCCUGCAGAGUGAAUUUACCUCGUCCGUCUACCCUUUUUCACUGCUUACCUACCUGAGCCUACCUGGCAUCUAUACCUGCCUCGUCUAGUCCCUACAAUUCAUACUAGAACGGUGCCUCGAGGCGAUCGAAAGAAACACCGUAAACACGUGAUCGUUCACUUACAUGCACUUUCCUUCCCCAAGUCCUUCCAAAAGAAUCUCAAAAAUUCCGAACGCCUUAUUUUAUUACCAGGUACUUUAUAUUUCACUUACUUUCAUGAUCGCAAAGCGCCUCAUUCUUCAACCUAUCUUUCGGGUCAUAGAUCUUCCAUUUGUCAAAACAAUACAUAUAGCCGAUCGUACAUCAAUACGCGCUCAGAGGUACUUUUCUUUGGCUGAAUCUUAAAUACGAUACACUUUCAAUCGCGGUUUUGGAUCGCCAAUACGCUUAAAAGCGCAGCUUAUUGACGAUAUUCAGCUCUUACUCUCGAAUCGCAACUUCCUCAACCUCACAUCUUUUUCGACUAUACUCUUUUCCUUUCAAAAUGUCUUCUUCUGAUGAUGAUAUGCCUUUGGCAAGAACAAACGGAACCAAUGGCAAUGUUUCGCAAGGCCGUAUACCGAAAAGUGUCGAUAGAGCCAUGGACAAGGCUAGUGCAAAUGCGAAGGCUGCCCCCGUUGGAAUCUCGAUUCGCAAUGGACCUGUUUUGGACGAUCCUAUGGAUGUAGAUGGGCCUGCUACAAAUGGCGCUUCGAAGCGGAAAUCACGAUCAAGCAUUGGUAACGGAAAAGCUGUAAACUACAAGGUGGAUGGUAGCGGCAGUGAAAGUGAAGAAGUGCCAUUGGCCAAACGACAAAGAACAUCCAAUAAGAAGAAAGUCGCGGAUUCCGAUUCAGAUGAUGAUAUGCCUUUGGCUGGCAGGCGCAAUUCUAAACUACCCCCCAAAGUUUCCGCCGGUGCCAUUGGAGAGUCAUCUUCAGAUGAUGAGCCGCUUACCGUCAAACUUUCCAAGGAGAAAGCUUCCAUCGAAAAGCAUGCCGAGAAGGAAGCAAAGGCCUUGCGAGCAAAGAAGGCAGCACCCAAAAAGGCCAUCAAGAAAGAAGAAUCCGAUAGUGACGAAGAUGUUGCACCCAAAAGGCGGAAGCCCAAUGGUGCUGUUCCUGCGAAACCAACCACGAAAAAAGCCAAUGGCGUAAAGAAAGAGGAAUCUGAUUCCGAUGCGCCUCUUGCAAAGAAGGCUGCUCCAAAGAAAGUAAACGGCAAAGUAAAGGCGGAACCAGAUACAAAGGUCAAGGCCAAGAAGGAUGAAAGCGAAGAAGCAGAUGAGGUUUAUCGUUGGUGGGACGCACCCAAGAAGGAGGAUGACAGUAUCAAAUGGGAGACGUUGCAACACAAUGGAGUUGUCUUUCCUCCAGAAUACGAGCCACUCCCAAAGAACGUCAAAUUGAGGUAUGAUGGGAUUCCACUCACUUUGUCUCUAGAAUCGGAAGAAAUCGCAGGCUUUUUUGGUGCUAUGUUGAAUUCGACCCACAACGUCGAAAAUCCAACUUUCCAGAAGAACUUUUUCAAGGAUUUCACCGAUUCUGUUAAAAAGACUGGAGGGGCCAAGGAUAAGGAGGGAAACAAAGUUGCUAUCAAGGAUUUUAGUAAGCUUGAUUUCAAGCCAAUUUUCGAGUAUUAUGAUGGCAAGAGUACCGAAAGAAAGGCUCGAUCUGCAGCUGAGAAGAAGGCCGAGAAAGCGCUCAAAGAUGAGGCCGAAGCACCAUAUAAGACUUGCAUUUGGGAUGGACGCAAGGAAGAUGUGGGAAAUUUCCGUGUCGAACCUCCUGGACUAUUUCGUGGCCGUGGUGAGCAUCCAAAGACUGGUAAAGUCAAGCUCAGAGUUACUCCCGAGCAAAUCACUAUCAACAUCGGCAAAGACGCCACUGUUCCUUCUCCUCCUGAGGGUCAUAAGUGGAAAGCUAUUCAACAUGACAACAAGGCUACCUGGCUUGCUAUGUGGCAGGAAAACAUCAACGGUGCGUACAAGUAUGUUAUGCUUGCAGCGAAGAGUAGUAUCAAGGGCCAAAGCGAUUUUAAGAAGUUUGAAAAAGCUCGUGAAUUGAAGGAGCACAUUGAUCGAAUCCGAAAAGAUUACACGCAAGAUCUUAAGGCUGAACUCAUGGCCGAUCGACAACGAGCCACUGCAGUUUAUCUCAUUGACAAGUUUGCCUUGCGUGCUGGUAAUGAAAAGGACGCGGAGAAUGAAGCCGAAACUGUUGGAUGUUGUUCUUUGAAAUAUGAGCACGUCACUUUGAAGCCCCCAAAUACCGUCAUUUUUGACUUUUUGGGAAAGGAUAGUAUUCGUUUUUACGAUGAGGUAACAGUUGACCCUCAAGUCUUCAAAAAUUUGAAGAUUUUCAAGAAGGCUCCAAAGAAGAAUGGCGAUGACAUUUUUGAUCGUCUCAACACUACGCAAUUGAACAAACACUUGACAAAUUAUAUGCCAGGUCUGAGUGCUAAGGUCUUCCGUACUUACAACGCCUCUUGGACCAUGUCGGAUCUUCUCAAGAAACUCAAGAAUAGUGACAUUUCUAUGCAAGAGAAGAUCAAGCUAUAUAAUGAUUGCAAUCGCAAAGUCGCCAUUCUCUGCAAUCACAAACGGACAGUCGGUGCUAGUCAUGAAGCUGCAAUCGAGAAGAUGGAUGAUGCAGUAAAGGGUCUCAAAUAUCAGAAAUGGCGCCUAAAGCAAAUGAUUCUCGACAUUGAUCCAAAACAGAAGAAGAAGAAGGGUGCCGAUUGGUUCGCUCUGGAUGAAGAGCUUGACGAAUCUUGGAUUCAAGAGCACCAAGCCUUCCUCGUUGCUCAAGAGCGUAUCAAGAUUGAAAAGAAGUUUGCAAAAGAGAACGAGAAACUCGUAUCCGAGGGUCAAAAAGAAAUGAAGACCAAAGAACUCAACGAACGUCUCCACGCCGCUACAGAUUUAGAGAAGAAGUUUAAAAAAGAGAACAAGACGAAGAAGGUCGAGGCUGAAGGUAAAGGACCUAGCGUCGAUAAGUUCGAGGCCAACAUCACGAAGAUAGACGAAAGAAUCGCCAACAUGCUUCUCAAGCGUGAAGACCGAGAGGGUAACAAGGAGGUUGCGCUCGGUACCAGUAAAAUUAAUUACAUCGACCCACGUCUCACUGUUGUCUUCUCCCAGAAGUUUGAUGUACCGAUCGAGAAGUUCUUCUCCAAGACUCUCCGUGAAAAGUUCGCCUGGGCCAUUGACUCUAUUAAGGAUGAGGACGACUGGGAAUUUUAAACUCUGGACGUUGUACAAACUUUUAAUGCAAUUUCUUCAAAACGAUUUCGAAUUUCGAACCUUCUUAUUGCUUGUGUUUCAAUAGAACAGUUAUUCAUUAUUGCAUUUAUAUAUCGUGGCAUUGCAUGGUUGAAAUUUCUUGCAUACCUAUGGGCUGGUUUCAGGGAAGUGGGAAACCCUAGGGAAUGAGAAAAAUAGGAUCUCCCAGAAUCGGCCACAGAAGAUUUGCCUCCUCUCGCACUUGAAUUGCUGCUGCUUAUCCAGCGUUCAUUGGGCUCCACGCCAACCCCUUUCUGCCAUUGCAUAUCAAUAGCGACAACGCAUGCAGUUAAAAAUAUUUAGGCUCACUGCCAUCAGCAAUUGUACAUAGUUUCACAUACCUAGCAAUAACGUAGAGCGGGCCUAGCAAAAUAAAUCUUUGUUAAAUUUACUCUGACAUUCUGGCAUUGCUGAUGGUCAAUGUGACUUGGGUGAAUUGCUCUCGCUAAUAUUAAUACUUCAAUUAGGAGACACCUAGAUAGAGCUCUAAACGACCUGCAACUCAAUUGCUCAUGUGUCCA